UCUCCUUAGAAGCAUACAUGAAUACACUUUAGUGUUCAUGUGAAAAAACUGCUGCCUAAAAGAUUAACGUUCAUCAACUGUGAUCACUUUACUGGAGUCUAUAUUUUAGUCCAUGUGCCAGUAGAGCAGUUAGAAGUAAAUAGCACUUGUGCUUGAUGCGCUGAAAGGGAAUUGGAUUUCCGUAUUCUGCAGUGGUUCGACCCUUAGUCAGAUGGUGGGAGCCGUUGCUGCAUGGGCCAUGUUCACGGCGAUGUCUUCCAGCUAUUUUGGCAAGCUAAAUCUUGAUCAGAGUCUGAGGACUGCAGUGAUCUUCGCCAUUGCCGUGACCCUCGCGUCCAGCGACAACGGACAAAAAAUCCAAUUUAAGACAUGCCCAGACCAUCAGGACGCAAAGGAUAUCGAAAUUACGAACGCCGUAGCGAGAGACAUGGAAGUCGGCAAAACCAUCAGCGUCGACGUGACAGUCGUGGCUAAAAAGACAUUCAAGACGGAUCCCAAGCUCUCCUUGACUAUAACCACCUCGAAUCAGAUCAAACUACCCUGCGUGUUCAACGUGGGCUCCUGUACGUACAAGAUGUGCAACGGCGAAUCGUCAAUGGAGAAAUUUCUGGGCGGUGUCUGGGACAACAAAUGCCCAAUCGAGGCGAAGGAGUACAAGAAAACAGUCUCCUACUUCAUACCAGAGAUUGCAAAAGUGGCGAUUGGGGACGGCCGUCUCCAUUUGCGAGGAGAAAUGAUGGAUGGAGGCAACCUGGUCGGUUGUCAAGAGUUCGAUGUUGCACUCAAGGUGUAGCUUCGAGAAUUAUGCCUGCGGUACUCUAAGAGUCCGCGCAAAAAAAAAAAAAAAACUCAACCAGAACUCCUUCUUGCGAACCUCCUCUGAAUGCGUAACGCAGCACCUGUCUUCGCUAAGCUCGAACAUCAUCUGUAAAAUAAAAAAUGCAUUUCUCCAAUAGUCUCUAUUGGAAUGUGCACUUUUGGGUUUA